UGCUAAUCAUGAAUAAAAAAAUAAAACAAAUUCAUCAGACAGACAGGCACAGCCUAUCUACUACUCACCCAUUAGUCGUUCACUCACUCCAAUCAUCCAUGCUUACAUAAAGCUAAAAGCUCUCUGAGAAUUGAUCCUCAGAAAAAAAGAACAAGGAAAAAAAAUAAAAGGAAUAAAAGCUCUAAUGGCUCACAAAUCCCUAGACGGUAUAACAGCGUCCGAUAUCGAAGCUCUCGGAAUCGAACGAGAAGUUGCCAAGAGUCUCCAUGGAAGGCUCACCAAGAUCAUCCGUAAUUACGGAACUGCCACUCCCGACACAUGGAGCAAUAUUUCCCGGCAUAUUCUCUCCCCUGACCUUCCCUUCUCGUUUCACCAGAUGAUGUACUAUGGCUGCUACAAGGACUUCGGACCCGACCCGCCUGCUUGGAUACCCGACCUGGAGGCUGCAGUUUCAACUAAUGUUGGGCAACUACUAGAGAGGCAGGGAAAAGAGUUUUUGGGUUCAAGAUACAAGGAUCCCAUAUCAAGUUUUUCUGACUUCCAAGAAUUUUCUGUCAAAAACCCUGAGGUCUAUUGGAAAACCAUACUAGAUGAAAUGAAUGUAUCAUUUUCCAUACCUCCCCAAUGUAUUUUGCGAGAGAAUGUGUCGGGAGAAAGGCAUUUCUCACAUCCAGGUGGUGAAUGGCUUCCAGGAGCAUUUGUGAAUCCUGCAAAUAAUUGUUUGAGUUUAAAUUAUAAGAGGAACUUGGAUGAUUCAAUGGUACUAUGGCGUGAUGAAGGAAAGGACGAUCUGCCCAUAAAUAAAAUGACACUUAAGGAAUUGCGUGAAGAGGUUUGGUUAGUUGCUCAUGCACUCGAAAAACUGGGUUUGGACAAAGGAUCUGCAAUUGCAAUUGAUAUGCCAAUGGAUGUUAGAUCUGUUAUUAUCUACCUGGCUAUUGUUCUGGCCGGUUAUGUAGUUGUAUCUAUUGCUGAUAGUUUUGCUCCUCUUGAGAUAUCAACAAGGCUAAGAAUAUCACAAGCAAAAGCCAUAUUUACCCAGGAUCUCAUUAUUCGCGGUGAAAAAUGCAUACCUUUAUACAGUAGAAUUGUUGAAGCUGAGUCUCCUAUGGCAAUUGUCAUCCCUACGAGGGGCUCUAGUUUCAGCAUAAAGUUGCGUGAUGGCGACGUUGCUUGGAAUGAUUUUCUUGAAAGAGUCGGAGAUUUCAAAAAAAUUGAAUUUGCUGCGGUAGAUCAACCAAUUGAAGCAUUUACAAAUAUUCUCUUCUCCUCUGGAACCACAGGGGAGCCAAAGGCAAUUCCAUGGACCCAUGCAACUCCUUUUAAAGCUGCUGCAGAUGCAUGGUGCCACAUGGACAUUCAGAAAGGUGAUGUUGUGUGUUGGCCCACUAAUCUGGGGUGGAUGAUGGGUCCUUGGCUGGUAUAUGCUUCACUGUUAAAUGGGGCUUCCAUUGCUCUGUAUAACGGAUCUCCGCUUGGUUCUGGAUUUGCCAAAUUUGUGCAGGACGCUAAAGUAACAAUGCUUGGUGUGAUCCCAAGUAUUGUCCGGACAUGGAAAAGCUCAAAUUGUGUUGCUGGCUAUGAUUGGUCUACCAUCCGUUGUUUUGGUUCCACCGGAGAAGCAUCUAAUGUUGAUGAAUACCUAUGGCUGAUGGGGAGAGCUUGCUACAAGCCUGUUAUUGAAUAUUGUGGUGGUACUGAGAUUGGUGGUGGAUUUGUUUCUGGGUCCUUAUUACAGGCUCAGUCAUUGGCUGCUUUCAGCACACCAGCUAUGGGCUGCAGUUUGUAUAUUCUUGGCAGUAAUGGCCUUCCCAUUCCACAAAAUCAACCAGGAAUUGGUGAAUUAGCACUGGAUCCCCUCAUGUUUGGAGCUUCUAGAACAUUGCUAAAUGCUGAUCACUAUGAUGUAUAUUUCAAGGGAAUGCCAGUGUGGAAUGGGAAGGUUUUAAGGAGACAUGGGGACAUGUUUGAGCUUACAUCUAGAGGCUACUAUCAUGCACAUGGCCGUGCUGAUGAUACGAUGAAUAUAGGAGGCAUCAAGGUGAGUUCCGUUGAGAUUGAACGCAUAUGUAAUGAAGUUGAUGACAGUGUGCUCGAGACAGCUGCCAUCGGAGUUCCACCUCUCGGAGGCGGGCCUGAGCAGUUGGUGAUUGCCGUUGUAUUCAAGGAUUCAAAUAAUCCAAAAGAAGACCUAAAUCAAUUAAGGAUAUCUUUCAAUUCAGCUGUGCAGAAGAAACUAAAUCCUUUGUUCAGGGUUUCACGCGUUGUGCCCCUUCUGUCUCUUCCAAGGACAGCCACUAAUAAGGUGAUGAGAAGGAUUUUGCGUGAGCAAUUUUCUCAACAUGAUCAAAGUUCUAAGAUAUGAUAUUCCAUUCUUUCUCAUGGACGAGAAAAUUGUUGUACAUUCACGAAAAAUAAGGAGCUGGAGGAGAGAGAAAAAGGAAAAACAAUAAUAAUAAUAUGAAGAAAAGAAAUGUAUUAUUUAGAAUUUUAACUCGUGAAAAUAUAUCUGAGAACUUUCCUUUCUCUAGGGUAUUUUAUGUUCACCAUAUGGGCCAUUGUAUAAUAAAUAUGCAGUACGACAAAUGUCAACAAUUCUUUUCA